AUGUCUCGUCACAAGCAGGCCACUCAGGACGAACCUAGAGUACUAACGUUUCGAGAGCUGAACAAGAAGAGAAAGGUGCGAUUACCGCCUAGUUUGAGAAGCGUCUAUGAGGAGGGCCUUGCUCAGCUGAAAUCGCGAAGGCGACCCAACGACCCUCGCUUUGACCCCAGAGUCAAUGGUCUGUGCGUCGCCAAAGACUGGGAAUUUAUCACAGAGGAAGGAAAAAUCGCCCGAAAGAAACUGCAGAAAAUGUUGAAAACGACUUUAGAUCCGGUAAUGCAACAAAAGAUAAAAAAGGCUCUACAUCUAUUGAGACAGCGUGACGCCACCUACAAAGACCGGGAAUUUCGCAGUAAAUUAAUGAGGGAGCUUCAAGAAUCACAAAUGUCCCAACUUCAAGCCGGAAAGCGCGUAAAGUUUCUCACACGAGCCGAACUCCGAAGGAAGCUAAAGGAGGAACGGAUGAAAAACAUGAACAGAAAGCAGCGAGUGAAGUACCUCCAGCGACAGGAGCGCAAAAGACCUCUUUCUUCAGAAUUGUCAGACACAGUGUGAUAUAUCUGCUGGAUAUCCCAAUGUAACCGUUGUUAAGAGCAACUCGCUUUUUCAUCUAAAUAAAUAAAUUGUUCGUCAACGAUGCGAGAGACUAUUCCCACUUAAGGAAAGAUCGAAAUACGUACAGGUUUUUUCAUUUAGCCCC